AUGUUCAAGAAUGAAGCCGAGUGUGAAUACAGUGCUGGUGAAGUUCUAUCUGGACACGUUGUGGUCGAUGUGUCAGUACAAGUCAAAGCCAUCAAAAUAGCGAGCAGAGAAUUUGCCCAUGUCUGCUGGGUGGAGGGCCACGACGAGGAACAUCACCCAUUAGUGCUGCUAGAUCGAACACAUCUCAGGGUGUUCAGGAGGAGGUGGAAUUCUUCUGAAUAUCUCAACCUCUCAAAGCAACAACAGGUACUAUCUGAUUUGUAUGUAGUAUUUUAUCAGGGCUGUAAUGUACACUACUUUUAGGAAAUUAUGGAAUGGUUAGACCUUUAGCAGGCAACUAUGCUUUACAGUCAGUGAAUAUAAUAAUACCGUUGAUUACUAUACUUUUUGACGGAAUUGUGUUAUUUUAUUUCAGAUGGUUAGAAAUGUAUCAGUCUUGAUGAAGGGCGUCAUGAGUUCCCCUUUCAAGUGGAGCUCCCUCAAACGCAGGGUUGCAAAAUUCCGGGAACUUUCAAUAAAUUCCCUGGUUUUCCAGAAAUCCUGGUUGGAAGUUUCUGGAUUUCCGGAAAGCCUCCAAAUGUGAUUUCAGGAAAACCAGGAAAUGUAUUGUAAGUUCCCGGAAUUUUGCAACCCUACUCAAACGUGAGUUAACUUUUCAGACUGAAUAGGAAAUGAUGAAAUCAAAGCUUGAUUUGCCUCAGUAUUACACUAUGUUUGGCUAUUGUACUAACUUCAACAGUUAAUGGAGACUUUCCAUUGUAGACUUUUCUUUUUCAGCAUAACUGGAUGAUUUAGUUUUUUUCCCCGAAUGAAUGAGUGACAUUCCAUAAUGAAGUACAUUAUGUAGAAUAUUGUUGCAUCUUUGAGCCGAUGAAUACCAGUAUGUAUUCUGUUGGCCCCUUGUGAACUCUUUCAAUGGGAAAUAUGGGAGUGUUUGCUAUGAGGUGACAGUUGUAUUACAGAAACUCUUGACUCAAACUGUCAACAAAGAAUUCUCUAUCAGCCAUAUUGAUGUCACUUUCCCAUGGUUACUGCUGAGUGAUAACACUCCAAAAUGGAUUGCAUUGCCACGUCAGUUUUUGUGCAGUGUCCUGUGUUUUGUCCUAUGUUUUUAACAAUUUUGUGAGUUAGAAUAAAGCUGCAAUAUGUAACUUUGUGGGUGACUCGACCAAAUUCACAUAGAAAUGUGUUAUAGAUUUGUCAUUCUCAUUGAAAGCAAGUCUAAGAAGUGGUUGAUCUGUUAUGUGCGCUAUUUCUAUGUUUCCCAUUAAGUUUUGGUUUUGCGUCUUUUACAUUCGGUUUUGUACACCAGCUGAAAAUACAAUAUUUUUGGUUAUGGAAAGAUAUAUUUUACAGCAGUUUAGCUGGUACAAUGUUUCUCUACACUGUACUUGCUUGUUUUUGUCACAUAAACCAAAAUUAGGCAAACUAUAAGCUUUUUAGUAACCAGGAAAUGGCGGCGCGAGAUCUGAAUAGUGAAUCUUUAAGAGGAUGGUCAGUUUGGUUUCCAUACAUGGACACAUUGCUGAAAGCCAAUCUUGAAAUCUAUUAGAUGACACUUUUAGAUGUUGAUACAUUGAUCUAUUUUCAAAGCUUUGACUGUGGAAAUUGCUUUGAGUUUUGUUGGUGUACCCAAGAGAGUAACCACAAAACAUUUGGCAAUCAGUGAAUGUAUCAUUCUUGGAAAUCUCCCCUGACUAAUUUGGUAUAAUUGUUGCAGUUUUUCACCUCAGGCCCGAUCUCUCUGAAUGGCAAUAUUGACAGAAGGGGCUACUGUAACAGUCUGAAUGUUUCAAAAGUUUGUUUUUCGUCAUAGAUCAAGAUUUAUUGUCAUUUUUUAAUUAUAGUGCAAUGUCCUCAAGAUUCUGUUUUUUUUUCUCUUGUCUUCCUUCUAGGAGAGUCCAUCCCCAUCAAUGCUGUGAUUGAGAACUGUUGUUCUUGA